UUGAAGUCAGGUACAAAAACACACCUCAGUUUAAGGCACUUGACUUGAGAAGGAUAGAGAGAGAGAGAGAGAUAGAGAGAGAGAGUCACCAUAACCUGUUUGAGCAAUGGCACCUCCUGGUGUAUGUCAAAGCAUUAUGAAUAAACGAAGCAAAAAGAACGGUUUUGGCAGCCUUGCAAACCCAGAGAUGUUUCUUAACCAAGACUUCCAGCAGUUGAAAAAGUACUGCAUUGAACGUCAAUUAAGAUACAUUGAUGACAUGUUUCCUCCGAACCAAAACUCCAUUGGCCAAGUUUCUCUAUCCCAUUCGCAACUGGCGAGAGUUGAGUGGCUGAGACCAGGGAAAAUAUGUCAAUCCCCAUCCUUUGUUGUUGAUGGAGUUUCAAGAUUUGAUUUUUGCCAAGGAGUAGUUGGUAAUUGCUGGUUCCUAGCUUCAGUUGGAGCUCUAACAUUCCAGAGCCAAAUCCUUCAGCAAGUUCUGCCUUCUGAGCGCUCAUUCAGUGCUGGCAUAUUCCACUUCAGGUUCUGGAGAUUUGGAUACUGGGUGGAUGUUGUCAUCGAUGAUAAGUUACCGACAAUUGACGGCAAACUCAUCUUUGUUCGCUCAAAAACCCCAAAUGAGUUUUGGCCUGCUUUGCUGGAAAAAGCCUAUGCUAAGGUUUGCGGCUCCUACGCAGACAUGAAUGCAGGAACCCCAUCAGAAGCCUUGGUCGAUUUUACAGGAGGCGUGCACAUAUGCUUCCAACUGGAUAGUGCUGUCCCAGACCUCUGGAACACAAUGCACAGAGCUGCACAGAGCAAUUCAUUGAUGGGGUGUGGGACACCCCAGGGGGAGACCUCAGCCAACAACGUCUCAGCCAAUGGUUUAGUGGAAGGACAUGCCUACGCCGUUACUGGUGUCACACAAGUGAUCAGCAAUGGGCAGCCAAUAAAUCUUGUUCGCUUGUUAAACCCAUGGGGCAAUGGAGAGUGGAUUGGCGAUUGGAGUGACAGUUCUGUUUUGUGGCAAUCUAUUAGUGCUGAAGACCGUGAAAUGUGUGUAGAUGUGGCUGAUGAUGGGGAAUUUUGGAUGGCGAUGGAGGACUUCUGUCGUUUCUUUUCAGAUCUUGACAUUUGUUGCCUAUGCCCUGACUUCCUUGAUGGCACAACAUCUUCUCACUGGACGCCCUUGGUCUAUGAAAGCAGAUGGGUUGCAGGGACCACAGCUGGAGGAUGCCUAAACAACCCUGAAAUGUUCAGGAUGAACCCUCAGUAUCGGUUCAGGAUUGAAGGUUCAAACAGCGAUUCUGAGCAGGGGAACAACAUUCUAGUGUCUCUCAUGCAGAAGCCUGAAAACGGAACAAGGCGGCUGAAAAAUGAUCUUUACAUCGGUUUCUCAAUUUUUAAGGUUUGUUUUAUGUUACCUAUUUAAGCUUUUACAAUGCAU